CAUAUUUUCUCUUGCAAUGUCUGAUUAUAUUUCUUUUUUUCUUGUAAUAUUUCUUCUUUUUUUCUUUCCAUCACACAAUUUAGCUCAAAAUGAUGGUAGAAUAUCUACUAGUAGUUCUAUUAGUGCAACAAAUGAAAGUACCCCAUGGCUUUCACCAUCUGGUGAUUUUGCAUUUGGUUUCAAAAAAAUUGAAGAAAAUAAAAAUGAGUUCUUGCUUUGUAUAUGGUACGCAAAAAUUCAAGAAAAAACUAUAGUUUGGUAUGCUAAUAUAAGUGAUUUAGUGCCACAAGGAUCAAGAUUGAAUCUUGAUUCUCAAAGUGGUUUAAUACUUAGUGAUCCUCAAGGGAAUACUCUUUGGACAAGUGAUUUGGUUUUCAUUGGUAAUAUUGAUUAUGGAUUGAUGAAUGAUAAUGGGAAUUUUGUUGUAAUGGGAAGUGAUUCUAGUGAUCCAUUAUGGGAAAGUUUUAGAAAUCCAACUAAUACUUUGUUGCCAAAUCAAACAUUGGAAAGAGGAAGCUUCCUUGUUUCUCAAAAGUCGCAAAAUAAGUUCACUCAAGGUAGAUUUUAUCUUCGGAUGCUUGAUAAUGGAAAUUUGGUGCUUGUUACACAAAGUGUGCCUUCGAAUAUGGAUUAUGAUGAUGAGUACUAUAACACUCAAACUUCUGAUCCAACAAAUGCAAUCAAUUCUGGGGAUAAGUUGGUGUUCGAAGAGAAUGGCAUGCUGUAUGUAUUGAAGCGAAACAAUGAAACACAAAUUCUUACUCCGCGAUCCAAUCAUUUAGGUUCGGACAAUUAUCAUCGUGUGACACUUAACUUUGAUGGAGUUCUUAGUCAUUAUUAUCAUUCAAGGAUUUUGAAUAGCAGUGGCUGGAAUAUUCUGUGGUCUCAACCGGAUAAUAUAUGCAUCAAAAUUGAUGGAGACAACGGACCUGGUUCUUGUGGUUACAACAAUGUAUGCAGUCUUGGUUCAAACAACAGACCAGUUUGUAACUGUCCUAAAGGAUAUUCGUUGGUUGAUCCGAACGAUGCUUAUGGUGACUGCAAACCAGAUUUUUCUAUAAGUUGUGAUGAAGUUGGGAGGGGUUCACCUGAUGAUUUAUACAGUUUUAUCACGAUUCGUAAUACUGAUUGGCCGAAAUCAGAUUUUCAGAAAAUUAGCCCUUCUACUGAACAAGACUGCCAAAAUGCUUGUUUGAAUGAUUGCUUUUGUGCUGUUGCCAUUUAUAGAAGCAAUAGUUGCUGGAAAAAGAAACUGCCCUUGUCGAACGGGAGAAUAGACACCAGUUUGAACGCCAAAGCUUUUAUCAAAUUGAGAAAAGAUGGUGUUCUAAGGCCUCUAAGUCCUCCAAGUCCUGGCUUUCCAAUUCCGGAAUCUCAUCAAAAGCAGAGUUGGCGGAUUUUGGCAAUUUUGGCGUCCUCGCUCUUAGGUAGCUCCAUUAUGGUAAAUGUUCUUCUCAUUGGUGUAUUAUGUUGGGGAUUCUUCCACAUUUAUAAAAAGAAAGUGAACGUAUUUUGCCCUACAAGUCACGUGACGGACACUGUCUGUCAUAGUUUUACGUAUAAAGAUCUUGUAGUAGCCACGAAAGAGUUCAACGAAGAGCUAGGCAGGGGUGCAUUUGGGAUUGUUUACAAAGGUGUAAUGUCUAUCGGUUCAAGAAACGUAGUCGCUAUAAAGAAGCUGGAUAGAGUCGCUCAUGAGGCAGAGAAAGAUUUCAUGACUGAAGUAAAUGUGAUUAGUCAGACUCAUCACAAGAAUUUGGUCCGCCUGAUUGGAUAUUGUAACGAGGGACCUCAUCGUUUGUUGGUUUACGAGUAUAUGAGUAAUGGCACUCUUGCAAGUUUCAUUUUUGGUGAUCUGAAACCUACUUGGAGUCAGAGGACAAGUAUCGCGAUGGGGAUUGCAAGGGGACUUGCAUACCUCCACGAAGAGUGCAGUACACAGAUUAUCCAUUGUGACAUAAAGCCUCAGAACAUUCUCCUUGAUGACUAUCACGUUGCUCGAAUAUCAGAUUUUGGAGUGUCUAAGCUGUUGAUGAUCAAUCAGAGUCGAACGGAUACUAAUAUUAGAGGAACAAGAGGUUAUGUUGCUCCGGAGUGGUUCAGACAUAGUCCAGUCACGGUUAAGGUGGACGUUUACAGCUUUGGUAUACUACUACUAGAGAUCAUCACAUGCCGGAAAUGUUUGGAGAAUGAGGAAAGCUAUGGACUGGAGGCGAUUCUUGUGGAUUGGGUUGUUGAUUGUUUUCAACAAGGAAACUUGGAAGCUUUGGUGAGAAGUGAUAUCGAGGCCUUGAAUGACAAGAAGCAGCUCGAGAGGUUCGUGAUGGUUGGUAUUUGGUGCGUUCAGGAGGAUCCGUUAACGAGGCCUACUAUGAGGAAGGUCUGUCAAAUGCUUGAAGGAUCUGUUGAAGUGACAAUUCCACCAUGUUCAUGUAAUUUUAGCACAACUAUUUAACAUCAUAUGCCUCAUUUACGCGCGAUUUCCUCCUCUGUAUAGUACUUUUGAGUGGUCUAGUUGUAUUACUUUCUUUAAUGUUGAGUUCACUUUAAUAGUACUAAUGAUCUGUAUUGCUCAGACUCUUCAAAAAUGUCAUCGGGUGCAGCUCUUCACAUUUCCA